CCCGCAACUCGACAGCAGAGUUGGCGGCCGUCUCAGGGGAGGAGGCGGUUUGCGCCUGACGGAGGCGGCCGCUGACAGGCUUCCAGUCUCCUCCCUCUUCCUCCCGCCGACGACGCCCGGGAUCCGCCCCCGGCUCUCGCUUCGGGAGGAAGGCCCCGGGCCCAAAGCCUGCACCAACGGCCGGGCCCACCCUCGGCUUCCCAGGCUUCUCGUUACCGUAGGAUCCGGGCGGCCGGUAAAGGAAGUGGACGAAGUCCGAUUGGAAAGGAAAGAAGAAGAGGAAAAGGAACAGGGGUUAAGUAGGCAAGGAAGACUCGUCCGCCGCUGCCGCCGCCGCCCCGCCGUUGCUCGGUCGAGCCUCCGCGGCGGCCGCCGUGUCCCCCACCGCGCCCCGUUCCUCCUGCGCCGCCUUUGGCAAAGCUCGUAGGCCGGCCCCCAGCAACCGCCGAGCAGCAGUGACCAAUGGGCACGGGGUUUAUCAAAACAGGCGGCUAAUUUGACCACUAGUAGUGGAAAGGCGGGCAUGUGUAUGAUUGGCGGCUGUGUUUCUUCAAUGAAAACUGGGGGCGUGGGUGGGCGGAGCCGGAAGUAGAGCUAGACGGGAGGCCCCUGUGGGCCAGGGGCUGAAGGAAGGGGGAGGGGACUAGAGGAGGUUAGCCGAGGCAGCGGCAGCGGCAGCGGCGGCGCAGGGGCUGGUACGCGCUGGGCGGUGAGAGCCUCAUGGCGGAGGAAGAGAGCGACCAAGAGGCCGAACGCCUCGGAGAAGAGCUCGUGGCCAUUGUGGAGUCCCCGCCAGGUCCUGCGGGGCUUAGAGUUGCAGGCAGCGGCAGUGGCGGCACUGGCGGCAGCAGCUGCGGUGGCGGCGUCGUGGGGAUCAGCAGUCGGGAUUACUGCCGACGCUUCUGUCAGGUGGUUGAAGAUUAUGCUGGAAGAUGGCAGGUCCCUUUGCCGCAGCUUCAAGUUCUUCAGACUGCCCUUUGCUGUUUUACAUCAGCCAGUGCAUCAUUCCCGGAUGAAUGUGAGCACGUACAGUAUGUUUUGAGUAGCCUUGCUUUGAGUUUCUUUGAGUUGCUGCUGUUCUUUGGAAGAGAUGAGUUUUAUGAAGAACCCUUAAAGGAUAUUCUUGGAUCAUUUCAGGAAUGCCAGAAUCACCUCCGCAGAUAUGGAAAUGUGAAUCUGGAACUGGUGACUCGAAUCAUUAGAGAUGGUGGCCCAUGGGAAGAUCCAGUGUUGCAAGCUGUUCUUAAAGCCCAGCCAGCAUCUCAGGAGAUAGUGAACAAAUACUUAAGUUCUGAAAAUCCACUAUUCUUUGAACUACGUGCCAGAUACCUAAUUGCUUGUGAACGCAUACCUGAAGCAAUGGCUCUUAUUAAAUCUUGUAUAAAUCACCCAGAAAUCAGCAAAGACUUAUAUUUCCAUCAAGCACUCUUCACAUGUCUAUUUAUGUCACCUGUAGAAGAUCAGCUAUUCCAGGAGCAUUUAUUGAAAACUGAUUGUAAGAGUGGAAUUGAUAUCAUCUGUAACACUGAAAAAGAAGGCAAAACUGUGCUAGCCUUGCAACUCUGUGAAUCUUUUCUUAUUUCACAGCUCCAGAAUGGGGACAUGUAUUAUAUCUGGGAGUUGAUUUUCAUAUGGAGUAAACUUCAGCUUAAGUCUAAUCCUUCAAAACAAGUUUUUGUAGAUCAAUGCUACCAGCUUCUAAGAACAGCAACUAAUGUGAGAGUCAUAUUUCCUUUCAUGAAAAUCAUUAAAGAUGAGGUUGAAGAAGAAGGCUUACAAAUUUGUGUUGAAAUAUGUGGUUGUGCUCUACAACUAGACCUUCAUGAUGAUCCCAAAACUAAAUGUCUAAUUUAUAAAACAAUUGCACAUUUUUUGCCAAAUGAUUUGGAGAUCCUCAGGAUUUGUGCACUCUCAAUAUUUUUUCUUGAGCGCUCCUUGGAAGCUUAUCAUACUGUUGAAGAACUUUACAAACGUCCUGAUGAAGAAUAUAAUGAAGGCACUAGUAGUGUUCAAAAUCGUGUUCGUUUCGAAUUACUUCCAAUUUUAAAAAAGGGAUUGUUUUUUGAUCCUGAAUUCUGGAACUUCGUAAUGAUUAAGAAAAACUGUGUAGCAUUACUGAGUGAUAAAUCAGCAAUUACAUUUCUAAAUGAAAAUACACUGGAAAAUUCUACAGGUAAUGUAAGAAAGACAGUGGAACAGAAAGAUUUAGAUGAAGGGCUUGACUCUCUAACAGAUCAGAGCACUGGAGAGCUUGAUCCUGAUGAUAUAUCUGGAGCCCAACCUAAAGGCCAUGUUAAUACAAAGAAAAACCUUACAGCUCUUAAUGCUACUAAAAUAGAUCACAAUGUCCCAAGACAUCGGUGUAUGUUAUGUAACAAGGAAUUUCUAGGUGGUCACAUUGUAAGGCAUGCCCAGGCUCAUCAGAAAAAGGGCAGUUUUUCCUGUGUAAUAUGUGGUAGGAAAUUUAGAAACAGAGGACUUAUGCAGAAGCAUUUAAAGAAUCAUGUUAAAAAAAUACAAAGACAACAAAUUGCUGCAGCUCAGCAGGAGGAUCAGGAAAUUCCUGCUUUGGGAGAAAUAAGUUGUUCCAAUUCUUUAAUUUCACUUGAAAAUGAGAAUUCUCAUAAUAAAUAUUUGGAAGUACAGACUAUUAAUACUUCCAGUGAUGGAAAUGAAGAAGUCAUCCCUGCACAUGUGGCUGAAUUCACUGAAAUUCCCAUAAGUGUAUCAGAAGAUGCUAUUGAAAACAUUAUUGAAAAUGGCAGUACUGAUACUUACAUAAAUAAUGUAUUAGAGCCUUUACCUGUAUGUGAGGAUGACUAUGAGGAGGAAGAGGAUGAAGAAGGUGAUUUUGAAGAUGAUUAUGACCUGAAUCAAGAAACUUCAGUACUUCAUAAAAUCAAUGGAACUGUGUGCCAUCCAAAAGACAUAUAUGAUACAGAUCAAGAAGGAAACUUUAAGUGCCCUGCUCUUGGCUGUGUCAGGAUAUUUAAAAGAAUUGGAUUUCUAAAUAAACAUGCAAGGACUGUACAUCCAACUGACUUGAAUGUGCGGCAAACCGUAAUGAAGUGGAGCAAAGGAAAAUGCAAAUUUUGUCAAAGGCAGUUUGAAGAUUCUCAGCAUUUUAUAGAUCACCUUAAUAGACACAGCUAUCCAAAUGUGUACUUUUGUUUGCAUUUUAAUUGCAAUGAGUCAUUUAAGCUGCCAUUCCAGCUUGCUCAACACACAAAAAGUCACAGGAUAUUUCAAGCUCAGUGUAGUUUCCCAGAAUGCCAUGAGCUUUUCGAAGAUCUUCCUCUGUUAUAUGAACAUGAAGCUCAGCACUAUUUAAGUAAAACACCAGAAUCAUCUGCACAACCAAGUGAAGCAGUUAUUUGGGAUGUUCUUACAGACUCAAAUCCUAAUCAUCAGGAAAAAGACUCAUCUAGUAAUGAGAAACAAGCUGUUAGUCUGCCAGUUUCUACUAGCAAAUCAAGGAAGGAUUUUACAGAACCAAAGACAUGUAUAGAAAGUAUGGAAAAGAAGACAGACAAUUUAGUUCAGAAUGGAAAUGAACAUUCUGAUUAUACUGUUUCUGAUAUAAGCUUGAUAGACCAAAAGAUGCCUGACAUAGAGCCAAAUUCUGGAAAUAAUUGUUGUAGUAGUGAUUUGGUCAAUGGACACAGUGGAAUAGAACAGACUCCUUUAGUUUCAUCAGAUUCUGCUUUGAAAAUUGAUACAAAUAGAAUCAGGACAGAAAAUGGUUCCAUUUUACCCAGUGUUCUACCACAAGAACACAGUACCCCACCAGUAUCUCAGGCACCAUCCAAACCAAAUCCGACCAGUGAACAUACUUCAUAUGGCUUAAUUUUAUCAAAGCCAUAUGUCCGACCAUUGCCUCCUAGUUACCUUGAUGAACGGUACCUUAGUAUGCCAAAACGCAGAAAAUUUCUGACUGAUAGAAUAGAUGCCUAUUCUGAUCAAGAUAACAUUUGUAAAAAGUCAAUGAAAAGACUAAGAUGUGGCAAAUGCCUGACCACCUACUGUAAUGCAGAAGCACUUGAGGCUCACCUUGCACAAAAGAAAUGUCAGGCACUCUUUGGAUUUGAUUCAGAUGAUGAAAGUGCCUGAUAAAAAUGUUUGAGAAAGAUCUGUUGAUCAAGCAGUAGUGUGAAAAAAGCACUACAAGAAAAUGCAUCAUCAGUUUGCUAUUUCCCUGAUGGCCUUAAUUUUAGAGUGGUCUUGGAUUACUAAAGAUAAAGACAACACACAUUGUCCAGAAUGAACUCACAGAGAUGUGCUGGGUUAGAUUUCAAAAGGGUUAUUUCAAAACUCCCAAAGUACCAGUUAUCCAGAAAACCACAUUUUAAAAAAAGUUUGUGAGAUUAAUAGCAGCAUGUUCAGUUUUGCUUAUGUGAAAAACAUAUUCAAGCAACUAGUCAAAGAGAAACAAGCUAUGGCCUUACAGAAAGGGAAAAGUUAACCUGUUAUUUAAUAAAGGGGAGGGGGUUGGUUUACAAUAAAGUAUUCUACAAAUGGGAUUUGUUUUCUUGUCAUGCGUAAUCAGAUUAUGACCUUCCCUUCUUGUCAAACAUGAUUUAAGGAAUCACUGUUAUUUGCUUUACUAUAAUUUAGAAACUGAUACAUGAAAAUAAAACUUGACUUAUCACCAUUCUGUUCAUAAUACAUUGUGACUUGUUUCCAGAUGAUUGAAAAGACAAGUCAAAGUUCAAUGAAUGGCAUGCUAGCAUUGAAAAUUUGCAAAACAACAG